AUGAGCAUUCAAUCGUCUACACCACCCUAUUUUCAAUGGAUAAUAGAUAAACGUUUAGCUAUAUGUGCGCACCCAUUUCAUGCAUCACAUAUUCGAUAUUUACUUGAACAACGUAUUCAUACAGUUAUUUCUAUAACUGAUUCUUAUCGUUCUGACAUACCGAAUCAAUCUCGAGCUGAUUUACAUGUUCAAACUUAUCAUGUUCCUGAGGGUGGAGCGCCAACAAUGCAGCAAUGUCAACAAUUUGUUCAUCGAAUGGAUGUUGCUCAGCACCGUGAAGAGGGUAUUGUUGUCGAAUGUACUCGUGGUAAAGGAAGCGCUGGCGUAUUAAUUGGAUGUUAUCUUUUGGCUCUUUGGAAAGCUCCGCCAGAUUACAUCGUCAACCAUUUACGUCUUAUACGGCCAAUUACAUUGGAAACACCGCUACAAGAACAACAAAUAAUGGAUUAUCAUAAUACAAUCGCAUCAACGCAACGUCAUUUCUAUGCUGAAGUCGAUCGACCUCAUAGCUGGGAUAUCGAUACAAGCUAUUUAAAUACAACACCACUUGUUACUCCACAACAAUUAUCACUUGCUUGA